UGUAUAUUAUUUACAAAAAGACCACAUGUCGUUAAUAUAUUUCUAUGAAAUGUAGUUGACAUCAAUGUGAUUCAGCCGAAGAGAGAUUUAUUGUACUUAUUAUUAAAAAAUAUGAUGUUUCGGGAUGGCAGUAAAAUGCAUGGAAGGCCCUUUUGUGUUCAGAUUAAAUGAGAACGGUACCGGGCCGCAUUUACUUGUACAGGUUUGCACGGAACGCGGAUGGCGGGAGUAUGCCGGCGAAAAUAAUGUAUUCAAAGAUCGAUGGAAUUUAUGGUGGCGGUCCGGUGGUUUCCCCACGUCGCAUUAUAGGCCAUUACUUCCCUGGCAGUUUGUCAAUCGGAUACCAAAAGGAAAUUCCAUCUGCCGAAAGGAUAAACUGAUUCGUCAUUUGAAAUGUAUGAAAAAAGUCCACGGUUCGAUUUAUGACUUCAGUCCCGCAGGAUAUAACUUACCUUCCGAAUACACGAAAUUAGCCGAAGAAUGUAGUCGUUAUGAGAAAGACUAUAAAAUUUGGAUUUGUAAGCCAGUCGGGCAAAGUCAGGGAAAAGGAAUUUUUUUGUUUCGCAAAUUAAGCGAUUUAUCAUACGAUAAUGCCGCAGUUGCGCAAAGAUAUAUCGAAAACCCUCUGCUAAUCGGCGGAUAUAAAUUCGAUCUGCGCUUAUAUGUAUGUGUGCCAUCCUAUCGUCCAUUAACGAUUUAUUUGUACAAGGAAGGUUUGGCCCGUUUCGCUACCGAAAAAUUUUCUUUAGAACGAUUGGACGAUCCGUUCCGACAUCUUACAAAUUUUUCCCUAAACAAGUUGGGACCAGGUUACUCAGAGAAAAAGGAACGCAUCGGUGCCGGAUGCAAAUGGACAUUUAGACAAUUAAGGAGAUAUUUCGAGCAAUCAGGAUAUUUCGAUUGGAUUCUGUGGCAGAAAAUCUCUUGUUUAGUGACUUUAACAAUCCUAAGUCAAGCGGCAGGCAUUCCUAAAUCCUCGAAUUGUUUUGAAUUUUUCGGUUUUGAUGUGUUAAUUGAUGAGAAUUUGAAACCAUGGCUCUUAGAGGUGAACUUAAGUCCGGCUUUGAGUAAUGACUGUGAAGUCGAUUCGGAAGUGAAGAAACCCCUAUUGCAUGAUCUAUUUGAUCUAUUAGGUCUUCCAGUAUGUAAUACCGGACUCUCCCUAUUUACAAUCUGGUCCUCUUCUGAGCGCGUUGAAGAGGAUGAGGGAGAAAUGUCUUCCAAAUUUGGUCGCUCCAUGAAAAAAAAAUCAAAACUCGGACGAGAAACUGAUACUUUUCUAAAUUUCUCUCCAGAUACCCGAACUACGCUAAGACAAUCAACGCCGGAAAUUUGUCCAACUGCCUGGUCCCAUUACAACCCACUAUUAAUGGACAAAUACAUACGUCGAGGAUAUAAAGGAAAUACGAUCGAAAAUUAUGCUUCUAAAACGAUUUGGGACAACGGCAGAGAUUGGAGAGUUUCCUGUGUAAAGGAAGGCGGAUGGAUUCGUAUUUGUCCGUUUACUCGAAUAAAACAUAUUGAGAAUACGGAAAAUGUGAGACCAUCACCACGAACUGUUGAGAACGAGAUCAAGAAUAUGGUUCUUUCUAUACAAAAAUAUUUAAAAGCCGCAAAGGAAGUACAACAAAGAAACAAAAAACUCACAGAUGAGCAAUGCAAUGCUCUUCUGCAAAAUGCGCUUGAACUAAAUACCGAAGUUUGGCUGCCAGAAAAGUAAAAAUCUAGAAAUCUACGUUUUUUGCUCAUGCCCACAAUUUUCACACCUAUUUACUGUUUA